CCGGCACCGUUUCCCUCAUUCUCUUUGAUUUUUGCUUUCUCCCUUGGGGAAGAGUUGUAGUCCUGCGUUUUCUCUCUCUCUAGCAUCGGCAUCGAGCAGGAACUUACUUGAUAAAAGAUGGGUAAAGAGAAGUUUCACAUCAACAUUGUGGUCAUUGGCCAUGUCGACUCUGGCAAGUCCACGACCACUGGUCACCUCAUCUACAAGCUUGGAGGUAUCGACAAGCGUGUGAUUGAGAGGUUUGAGAAGGAGGCGGCUGAGAUGAACAAGAGGUCUUUCAAGUAUGCUUGGGUGCUUGACAAGCUCAAGGCUGAGCGUGAGCGUGGUAUCACAAUUGACAUUGCCCUGUGGAAAUUUGAGACCACAAAGUAUUACUGCACUGUCAUUGAUGCCCCUGGUCAUCGUGACUUUAUCAAAAACAUGAUUACUGGGACUUCUCAGGCUGACUGUGCUGUCCUCAUUAUUGACUCCACCACUGGUGGUUUUGAGGCCGGUAUUUCUAAGGAUGGUCAGACCCGUGAGCAUGCUUUGCUGGCCUUCACCCUUGGUGUCAAACAGAUGAUCUGUUGCUGCAACAAGAUGGAUGCCACUACUCCCAAGUACUCCAAGGGCAGGUACGAAGAAAUUGUGAAGGAAGUGUCCUCUUACAUCAAGAAGGUUGGAUACAACCCCGACAAGAUCCCUUUUGUCCCCAUCUCUGGGUUCGAGGGUGACAACAUGAUUGAGAGGUCUACCAACCUUGAUUGGUACAAGGGUCCCACAUUGCUCGAGGCCCUAGACCUGAUCGUGGAGCCCAAGAGGCCCUCUGACAAGCCCCUCCGUCUCCCACUUCAGGAUGUCUACAAGAUUGGAGGAAUUGGAACUGUUCCUGUGGGCCGAGUGGAGACUGGUCUUCUUAAGCCUGGUAUGGUGGUCACCUUUGCCCCAACAGGGCUCACCACUGAAGUUAAGUCUGUGGAGAUGCACCACGAGGCACUCCAGGAGGCUCUCCCUGGUGACAAUGUGGGCUUCAACGUGAAGAAUGUUGCGGUCAAGGAUCUUAAGCGUGGUUUUGUUGCCUCUAACUCCAAGGAUGACCCUGCUAAGGAAGCUGCAAACUUCACCUCUCAGGUUAUCAUCAUGAACCAUCCUGGCCAGAUUGGAAAUGGCUAUGCCCCUGUUCUUGAUUGCCACACCUCCCACAUUGCCGUCAAGUUUGCCGAGAUCCUCACCAAGAUCGACAGGCGUUCUGGCAAAGAGCUCGAGAAAGAGCCUAAGUUCUUGAAGAACGGCGAUGCAGGUUUUGUUAAGAUGAUUCCCACAAAGCCCAUGGUGGUUGAGACCUUCUCUGAAUACCCACCUCUCGGAAGGUUUGCCGUGAGGGACAUGAGGCAGACAGUGGCUGUUGGUGUGAUCAAGAGCGUCGAGAAGAAGGAUCCUAGUGGUGCCAAGGUCACCAAGUCUGCUGUCAAGAAGAAGUGAAUCGUGCUGGUCUUAGGACUACCUUUUGUUAAUGUUCUGGUUUCAUGGUUUCAGACUCCGUCUUUUUGUCUCUCUGUCUCUUUGUGUUUUGGUUUGUUGUCUGUUUCCGGCGGGCGGACAAUGCAGAACUGGCGGACAAUGCAGAACUGGGUGCUCGACAGGCGGUGGCAUACCCAAGAGGUGCAAGGUUUCCUUCUUCCCUCCUCUUUUUCAUUGGAGUAGGUGGGUAAAAAAACCUGUGCCCUUCCCUCUCAUUUCUUUGUUGUCCGGGACACUCAAUACAUGAGUCUGUUUUGUUAGUUUUUUAUUUCGUGAAUAGAAGAUUCGGAUUUUGAUGAUUUUAAGAUUCGAAAAGAGAAUUUGGUUCGUAAAUUGUUGGAAUCCCCUGAUUUGGAUUCAAUCCCAAUAGGGAUCUCGAUCGCCAAUUCAAGGUACACCCCCUUGAUCACUGACCGACUCAAGAAGUAAUCGAGUCAGAUCAGGCUAAAACUGGGUUCAUUCUGUGUCAUGUUCCUGGUUUUAUGUAUUUAAAUAAAUAUGGAACUCGAAUGUGUGCGAUCGCUCAAUUA